AUGAGCACCGUGCCCGACUCCAAGCGCGCCGCCGUCGCCGUCAAGAUGGAGCCGCGCGGUCUCUCGGCCACGUCGACCGAGUCGCGCCAGAUCCGCCUGCAGCAGCUGACGACCCAGCUGCUCUGGCGCCUGCAGCAGUCGUCGCCCUACCACGUUCUCAAGCCGAAGGAUCUCGUCGUGCCCAGGCUGCCCGACGACGCCGUCGACCUGCACCAGGCGCUCAAGGUGCAGAGGCCCGUGCUCGGGCUCGAGGAGUCGCGCGGCGCGCUGUAUGAGAUUGGCGUCUCCGACGACGGGACCCUUGUCGGUCUGACGCAGGAUGAGAUGGACGAGAGCAUCGUCACACUGCGGGUCAUGGCGGCGACCUUGGGCUGCCGAGUCGACCUGCUUCGCCAAGUCAUUGUCGGGGAGUGCGAGUGGCCCGAGACGGCGGAGCUCGUUGACAAUAGUGCCUCGGUUCCGGCGCAGACGCUUCGGCACGGCACGCUGCGUGUUGCCGAGGCGUUCGUCACGCCGGACUUUGGAUCUCGAAGCGGGGACGCAGGGUCUCGAAACGGCUUGCCAAAACAGGACGCGGUUGCUGCGUCGGGCAUCGACAAGAGCGAGAGCCCGAGCACGAGCCGGUCCGUGACCGAUCAACUGCGAGUCACAUUGACGGGACCGACGACCUCUGGUAAAUCGACGCUGCUGGGCACUCUGUCAACGAGCACAAUGGACAACGGCCGCGGCAGGAGCAGGCUCAGCUUGUUCAAGCAUCGACACGAAGUCGUCUCCGGCAUGACCAGCUCCGUCGCGCAGGAGCUUCUCGGUUACAAGGACGACACGAUCGUCAACUACGCGAAAGCCCACGUCGAGUCGUGGCUCGAUAUUCACUUUGAGUCGGAAAAUGGGCGCCUCGUGUUCGUGUCGGACUCGGCCGGCCACCCGCGCUUCCGGCGGACGAUUCUGCGAGGCCUCGUCGGCUGGGCACCUCAGUGGACGGUCUUGUGUCUCGCAGCCGACGACCUGGAAACGAACUCGGCCAAGGAUGGCAUCAGCUCCUCGGCGCAAGAUGUGCUGGGAUCUGACGGUGCCAACGUCGACCUUGCCAAAGCGCACCUUGAGCUGUGUCUGAAGCUCAAGACGCCUCUUGUCGUAGCCAUCACGAAGCUCGACCUCGCCACCAAGACCAGCAUUCAGAGAGUCCUGGGCAAGGUAUUGACGCUCAUCAAGGAAGCUGGACGAAUCCCCAAAAUCCUGCAGCCUGCGCAGAAUGAGCCUCCGAGCCCCUCGGUCAUAUCUGCGUCGGACUCGGCCAAGGUGAAGGGUGCCCUCGGUGACUUGGCCCAGGGGGAUGACCUCCUCAAGUUGGUGCCAAUCGUGUUGACCAGCGCUGUAAGCGGUGCUGGUAUCGGCUUGAUGCACGCUCUCUUGAAGGAACUUCCUCUCCCCCGCGUCCCCACAGCUCAUGACUUCGUCGGAGAGGCUUUGAACCCCGAGCAGCCCUCAUCGGUGUUCCAUAUUGACGACACGUUCAGCCGCCCUGCUGAUUUUGCUUCCAUUACUGAAAAUGGCUCGCAUUCAGACCUGGGAAUCGUGGUCUCGGGCUAUUUGCGCUUCGGCCAUCUUUCCGUAGGCGACACAAUCGUGGCGGGGCCGUUUCCGUCAGAUGACGAUGACUUCAAGGGCAGAACGCCGGAGGAACGUCCGUCGCCCGGGGGCGGCUAUGAGCUUUCGAUAUCGCACCCGUCGUCUGCCGAACUGGCUAGGGUGGCGAUCCGUAACGCCGUCGCCGCAUCGACCAUCAAGGGCGAAUGGCACAACGCCAGGAUUGUCAGCAUCCGCAACCUGCGUCUCGGAGUGCGGACCCUGUCAGCCGGGCAGGUGGGCACGAUCGGCAUCCUGCUCGACAUGCCGCCGCCGGCCGGCUCAUCAGAGGGCAGUCUCGAGCCGCCGGCGCGCGAGGCGCCCCGCAUACGCAAGGGAAUGGUCCUCGCCGUGCCGCCGCAGCACAUGCUCAAGACGGGCAUGUCCCUGCAGGCGGCGAGUGGUCUGACGGCCGUGUUCCACGACCUCAACGCCGCGUCGCUCAUGAUCGGCACGCUCGUCAACGUCUACUGCGGGACCGUCCGGGCGGCGGCGCGUGUGCUGGGCCUGUCUACGCUUCGCGCCCGCAACGGCUUGCACAAGGCCGCGUCCGCGACCGACGAGGUCGAGGAAAUAUUCGCUGUGGACCAGGACGAGGAUGCCAUGAGGCCCACGGGCGUGGAGGUUGUGCUGGAGCUGCUGACGAGCCGGGAGUGGAUCGAGCUUGGCUCGCAGGUUGUCAUUCUCGAGGGCGGGCGCAAUGAUCGGUCUGGACUGGAGGGCUAUGUCGGGAACAUUGUAGAGAUUGUUGACUGA